AUGGGUAGUAAUAAUAAUAGUAAUAAUGAAUUUUUAAAAGUUAUAAAUAAUAAAUUUUUAAUAAAUAAAAUAUUUAAAUGGGUAGAAGAGAUUAAUAGGAUUGAAAAUAGAAUAUCAAUAAAAUAUAAUGAAAUUGAUUCAGUAGAAUGGAUAAUAAAUAACUACCAUACAGAACUAUUGUUUUAUAAAAUAAAAUCAAAUUAUAAAAAUUUAACAUUUAAUAAAAGAUCAAUUGUUCAAUUGUUUAAAUUAAUAAAACAAGAUAAUAAUAAUAAUAAUAAUAAUAAUAAUAAUAAUAAUAAUAAUAAUAAUAAUAAUAAUAAUAAUAGUAAUAAUGAAAUUAUAAAAACUAUAUUUAAUAAUUAUUUCGAAAGUCAUUUAAAAUAUUUCGAUUUAAUAAACUUAUUAUCAGAAAGUGGUAAUUUUGAAGCUAUAAUAAUACUGUGGGACUUUUAUCCAAAUUACUAUUGUAAUGAAUUAGCAAUUGAUACAUCAGUUUAUAAUGGUCAUAUAGAAAUUGUAGAUUAUUUAUUAAAGAGGAAAUGUAAAUAUACCGAGUCAAGAUUAAUAGGUAACUCAUUCCAAUCAGAAAAAAGAUCCGCAAUGUUACGAUAUCUCUUAGAUAACAAGUUAUUAAUACCAGGUGUAAAAAAUCAAACCUUUACAAAAAUGGAUUCAAAAAUAAUUGAACAGUAUCUCUUUGAUGUAGAUUUUCAAGUAAUCCAAUACUUUGAAACUAUUAAUCUUUUCAAUACAAAUUCAAAAGAAAUAUUUAGAACCAACAGCCCAAUAUUAAUAUUUAAAAAUAAAAAGAAUAAAAUUUAUAAAGAUUAUAAAGAUAUUGAAAUUCAAGAAUAUUUACAACAGUUUCAACAACAAAAAAAUAAUUACAAUAGCAAUAAAUAUAAUAAUAAUAAUAAUAAUAAAUUUUUAAAAUUAAUAAAUGAAUUAAAUUCAUUAUAUUUAACAUGUCAAAUAUUUAUAUUAUAUCAAAAAAAAUUUAAUUCGGUAGAUUAUAGUUCAGAUUUAAAUUUACAAGAUUUUUUAAUCCAACCAAAUUUACCAAAUUCAUUAGUUGUAGAGCAAUUUAAAAGGUUAUAUAUUUUAUUUAUCAAAGUUGUAUUACAUCAAAAUAACAAGCAUCAAAUGUUUGACGAGGAAGAGCUCUAUUUAUUAAAAGCAAGAUAUGCAAUUCAAUUCAACGAUAUAACUCAGCUUAAAUCAAAUCUACCCCUUGGUAAAGCAUUUCAUGAUAGGUUCAGAUUUACCAAUCUUUUUGAAAUGUCAAUAGAGUAUUUAAAUUUAGAUAUCGUUUUAGAAUUAAUAAGGAAUUUACCUACAAGUGGUGAUUUUAUAAAUUCAUUUCUAUUAAAAUCGCCACCCGAUGAACGUUUAUACAUAAAGCCAAUGAAAUCAAGGUUAUUAAGAAAUACUUUGGAUGAAUUGAACGAGUCAAGAAAAGAAACUUUGGUUUUUAUUGAAAAUUUAAUACAGUAUUACAGUAGCGUUGUCCGUGGGAACAAGAGAAGAAGUUAUAGUGGUAUUCCUAAGCAGUCAAGUUUUGAUACUUUAUCGCCCCUACUAAGAGCAUCAAAUCCAAUUUCAUCCGAACAACAACAAGAUAUUAUAACUUCUGUUAUUAUUUCAUUGUUUGAUACAAUGAUACUACAUUAUCCAUUGGAUGAUAUAGCAGUGGUGUUCAAAUUAAUUGUAGAGAACGAAGUGGGCCAAUAUAUAGAUUCGUUCGGUACUCUAAAAGUUUCAAGAAAUGGUGCAUCUCAUGCGGCUUCGCGUGGUAACAUGGAAAUAUUCCAAUUUGUUUAUAAUAAUAGAGCACACUUUCAUUGGGAUCAAGAUGUUUUUAAUAGUUCAUUAUCAAAGAAUCCAGAAAUUGUAGAGUUUUUAUUAAAGCAUAUGGAGCAUAUAAUCAAUUAUCAAUUAUCAUUCAAUACUGCAACUAUUUACUGUAAUUUAGAAAUCAUUAAAAUAUUAUCAUCCAAUCCAAAAUUCGAUUUGACAGAAACAUCGUAUAUUAGAGCAUCCAGACACGAAAAUGUAUUAGAGUAUUUAAUCUGUAACCGAGACGAAAGAAUACCACCCUCCAUUUGUUCAUUUGGUCUCAGUAAAAAGAUUUUAAAGAUUUUAAUUUCAAUACCGCAAAAAACAAUUGAAGAAAAUCCCAACAAAUAUAACGACAUUUUAAUUACACCUCAGCUUAUAGGAUAUAGAAAUUCAAAUACCUCAGUCCCAUUAUUAAUCUCGAAUGAAUAUUUUUAUAGAGAAUUUUUGAAAGAAAACUAUAAAGAAUGGUUUGAAAAUAAUGGGGAUUUUACACCCCAUUCAAUAUCAAACCUAUUUAGUAAAAAUCAAUAUAAACAAGUUAUUAGGCCUAUAAUGACAAAGCUUUUUUCAACCCCCAUCUAUUUCAUCCAAUCCAAUCAUCAUAUAAAUUGUUUAAAGCAGAUCUUAAAUGGUUUGAUCGAAAGAGGUCAGUUGCAGGUCAUAAAGAAAUUUUUCAAACAUUUUCCACAUAUAUUUUUUGAUACAACACCCAUAGGACUAUCAAAUAAAGAUGAAAAUUUAAAUCAAUUGGUAUAUCAAUGGUACUAUCAAUAUAUUUUAGGUUUGGGUAAUUUUGCUUUAGAAAAAGAAGAGUUUAGUAUAUUCAAUUAUUUAGCUUUUGAAAUUAAAUUAUUCAAUUAUAAUAAUCUCAACCAAUCAACAUUAUUACACUCUUUACAAAACUUUCCAAUAACCUUUAUAGAUAAUUUAUUUUUAAAUUAUUCAACCAAUUCUUUAUUAUUACUUUUAAAAUUAAAUAAUAACAAUAAUAUAAAUAAUAAUAAUAAUAAUUAUAACAAUAACAAUAAUAAAUUAAAUCAAGAUAUAAAUAAUCAAAAUAUUUCAAAUAUAAAAUAUAUUCAAUUAAAAUAUUUAUGUAAUAACAAUGAAACAACAAAUGGUACUUUAAAAACUUUAAAAAAAUUUACAAAACUGUUCCAUAAAUAA